GCGUGUAUGGUGCCCCUAUAUAUCUAAAAUUUUGCCAACAUUGCUCUUCUCAUCUUCAAACUUUAUAAAAUUAAUCUCUCUCUUCAAUCUUCAUCGUCUCCAUCAGUCUUCUAAUUUUCCAGUCAAGUGCCCUACACUACAUCACAUCAAAUUAGUAGUAAUAUUCAAGAAAGAUGAUGGAAAUUGCGAACCACUACUACUUGCCUGAACUUGGAAUUGAGGAUCCAACCUUGUUUGAUCAAUACCCGAUGGAUUCAUUUGCAUGUCCACUCGAUGACUUUGACUUCGAGUCUUUCUCCGGGUCCCCAGAGAGCAACUCCUCUUAUCAGUUCAACUCCGAAAGCACACCAAAUUGUUUCCCUGCUGAAAGUCCUGAUCAGUCUUUUGUCCCUGCAAGACCAACCAAGAGGCUCAAGACAUUCAAUACCUCCAACACUUGUGCCAGUGACAUAAUUUCCCACAAGGUUUCUGCCUCUUCAUCCUCCCAAGUUAUUUCCUUUGACCACUUCAAUGCCCCAUCAGAUGCUUCUUCCCUGCAAUUUCAUCGAAACCUGGACUUCGAUGUGAAGCCGAAAAUCGAGAAAGCGUCUAGUGGGAACAUGGAUUUUGCAGCUUUCGUUUCUCACGGUUCGUAUGUGGACAAAACAUUCCUAAGUUCUGAUACGAAUCAGGUUGGAAUAACCUCUAGGAACCCAAUCCAAGCUCAAGAGCACGUAAUAGCUGAAAGAAAACGGAGGGAAAAGCUCAGCCAGAGGUUCAUUGCUCUUUCCGCCAUCCUCCCUGGCCUCAAGAAGAUGGAUAAGGCUUCUGUUUUGGGAGAUGCUAUAAAGUAUGUGAAACAACUACAAGAACGUGUGCAAACUCUGGAGGAGCAAGCAGCGAAGAGAACAGCAGGGUCGAGAGUGCUGGUGAAAAGAUCUAUUCUCUUUGCUGAUGAUGAAAAUUCUGACAGCCACUGCGAGCAUUCACUCCCAGAAAUCGAAGUCAGAGUUUCUGGGAAAGACGUACUCAUCAGAACUCAAUGCGACAAACACAGUGGACAUGCUGCAAUGAUACUCAGCGAGUUAGAAAAGCUUCACUUCAUUGUCCAGAGUAGCAGCUUUUUGCCCUUCGGCAAUAACAAUACUGAUGUAACUAUUAUUGCUCAGAUGAACAAGGAAAACUGCAUGACAGCAAAGGAUCUCCUAGGAAGGCUACGACAGGCGUUGAAGCAGUUCAUUUGAUCACAUAAUAACUAGUUCAAGGAAUUUAAGCCAGUGAUGGUUGUGAUUAGAUUAGAGGAAUAAGUUUGGUCAAUAAUGAUUUUUAUCGCAGUGCUUUAUUUUUCCUUUUUCGUCCAUGAUGUGGAUUCUGGAGUUACAUAUCAAGGGCCUGCGAGUAUCUGUUUGCAUAGGACUUACAUGGAUUUGUUCAUUCUGCUGUGAGGUGUGGGGAGUUUCAACAGAAACAACACAUGAUGCCAAAGUGUUUUAUUUUUUCUGUUGCUUUUUUGCGUAGUUGAUUGGUCGGCUACGUUACCCUACACCAGAAUAGCAUUUUCAAAUCUCAGUAGUUCUUUUUCCCCUCAUCAAAGAGGGCUUUUUGAGAGGCUUUGACUUAAAGAUCACCUCUUUCUUCUCUGUUUCCAUGUUGUGAAAAAGGUUCCGGUUUGAUAGAUGCUAAAUAGUGGGCAUUCAUUUAAAUUUGUUUCUCAUGUCGUUUUAUGUUCUGUUACUUCUGUAUACAAUCAUUCUGGUUAUAAUAGCGACAAGUUGAUGUC